CUUUUGGGUAUCCCGCGCAACUUUCUAAAAAAAAUUCCUUUCUCUCCAGUUUCAGUCUCUCGAGUCUCCUCCACAUCGAUCCUCCGAUUCCACUCUCCCGAUUGAUGUACAAAUCGCGCCGUCUCGAAUCCCGGGUUCUGUACAUAUUGGACCACUGACCCGACCCGACCCGGAUCACUGAUGUCGGAAGUGAAGGAGAUGAGUGGGGGUUCUACUGGCGGCGAAUCGUCGAGGGCCUCGCCGAAGGUCUUGACGGCCGGUGAUCGGAAAUUACUCAAGGUACAGCUCCGUCCAGGUGAUACGACGUAUGUGUCGUGGAAGAAGCUCAUGAGGGAAGCUAGUAAGGUCAAUGGAUCAUCGGCUUCGGCUCCCGAUCCGCCUCCUAAUGCUAACCCUAGCCUCGAGUCUCGCCUUGCGCCGGGGCAUCCAGCAGAAACUGAAACAACCGAGCAACCUCAUUCUAAUCGUUUCAACGCUGUUAUUGAGAAGAUAGAGAGGCUCUACAAGGGAAAAGAUAGCAGUGAUGGGGAAGAGCUAGACGGUGCCCCUGACGAUGAUGAGUAUGACACUGAAGAUUCAUUUAUCGAUGAUGUUGAACUUGUUAGUGAUGAGUAUUUUGAAGUUGAUAAUUCAGCAGUUAAACAUGAUGGAUUUUAUGUCAAUAGAGGAAAGUUGGAGCGGAUGGAACCUUCGACAACAUCUAUCCAACAACCCAAAAAAAGGCGACGGAAAGAUUCAGCAAAUUCCUUCAGUGAUACUGUUGACGUAUCCAAUAAACAAACCAAGUUGUCUAUAACAGCUAAGCGAAAGGAUCAAUCAACUGCUUCUGGGUCCUCAUUGAAGAGAAAGUACAAUGUUGCAAGGACAACAAAGGAGUCACCUUCGCCUUUCGGAUCACAAAAUGCGAACGCGUCAUUGUCUCUGGAGGAUGUUAAUAAUUCUGAUAAAGCAAAUCAUCAGUCUAGGAAUGCAACAAAUAACAAGUCAAAGGAAGCUGGAGCCUCUAAUGCCCUUCUUCAGAAAUACAGUAACAAAAGUUUACAACAACAAUCUAGUUCCCUGCCUGGAAAAUCUCCGCUUGCAGAAGCAACAGUAGUCCGUCAGAAAGAAAACAAUGGUAUACAUGACUUGGCAAAUGCACCAGGAAGUAGACGCCCCAUGCAAGCAACGAAAAAAUAUGGAUCUAAUGUGAAGUCUAAAACCUCGACCCUUGAGAAAGCCAUACGGGAAUUAGAGAAGGCGGUUGCUGAAUCGAGGCCUCCUGCUGCCACUGAGAAUCCAGAAGCUGAUACCGCAUCCCAGGCAGUUAAGAGGAGAUUGCCAAGAGAAGUAAAAUUGAAUCUUGCUAAAGUUGUUAGGAUUGCGCAGGCAAGCCAAGGAAAACUUUCGACAGAGUUAAUAAACCGUCUUAUGAGCAUUGUCGGUCACUUAAUACAGCUUAGGUCACUUAAGAGGAACUUGAAAAUCAUGAUUGAUAUGGAUGAAUUUGCAAGCCGAGAAAAAGAUACUAGGUUCCAGCGAAUCAACAAUGAAGUUCUUGAGAUGAUAAAAGCUAAAGUUUCUUUGAUGGAAUCACAGGCAAUCAAACAAGAAGUUGGAACAUCAGACGAUUUUCAGGACUCUGUAGAAAAGACAUCUUCAAAGAAGUUUGUCAUGGAUGCGGCACUGGAGGAUAAAUUGUGUGAUCUAUAUGACAUCUUUGUUGAUCAGGGAUUGGAUGAAGAUCCAGGCCCACAAAUAAGAAAGCUGUAUGUCAAUCUUGCUGAACUCUGGCCAAAUAAAUUAAUGGAUAAUCAUGGGAUAAAGCGUGCGAUUUGCCGGGCAAAAGAGAGGCAGAGAGCACUGUAUGGGAAGGAGAUGGAUCAACCGAAGAUGAAGAAGAGGAGGAAGCAGUUGGUACCAAGAACAGACUGGACUGCUCAGCAAAACACGGAUUCAGUUGCUCAGAGACAACACAGCGGAGAUAAACCGAACGCAACCAGCACUUCCCUGGCCCUUAGUCAACCUAUAGCUGACUCUUCUCGUGACAGAUCAAAUCAGCCGAAUGAGAAGCUCAAGGGAAGCUCAAGCUCUUGCAUUCCUGCGGAAGAAACAAGAGUGGCCAAGAGAAAGACAGAGCCAGUGAUGGCAGAGAAACAAGUCGUUUUGGCCUUGAAGAGGCCGGAGCAUCCACCGGCACGUGUUAUUGCACCUCCUCAGAAUCUGAGCGUUCCAGAGACUCCUCUGGAUCUGAACCUGCCAAGUUGAGUUUCAUGAAGGUUGUCUGAACUCUCUCUAUCUCUAUCAGGUGGUAUUGCAUUAGUUCCAGCGAUAUCGAUGCUUGGUUUCCGCACCGGUUAAACCUGGUUUAUAAAUGUUGUAUGUGUUCUGUUUUGGUUUAAAUUCACCAACACGCAGCUUAUAUCUACGUGUAUUACCUUCCACAUGUAUGUAACAGAUAAAAGUCUAAUGUAUAAAACGAUUUUUUAAGAGCGGUUCUUUUUACUGUU